AUGGACCAUCUUCCCCCACUUCUCUCAAGUUCACUUUUCCUUCACCCAAAUGCUCCUCCACGAAGACCACGAUGCUUCAUCACCAUCCAGAAACUCCUCCCCCAAUGUCGUCCUUAUGGUGUCCUGUCCAACACAGAUGUCAGACGAGUGGACAGAGGAACCAGUCCUCACCGAGGCGAUGCUGGACAAGUUGAUAGAGGAACCAGUCCUCACCACCCAGAGCCCGCCGUCAUCACCCUCACUCCACACCUCAACAACUUCUCAGAUGACGACGCCGAGGAUUACGCCAAGUUCAAGAAAAGAGAAAGAAUCCGCCAAUCGUCACCCAAGGGGGCCCCACGAGAUGCAUCAUGGAAUGAAAACCUUGAUGACAGAAACCUACCGGGCUCUGACGAAGUACCAAUGGGAGUUCCACCUCCUACUACAGUCGUGGCGAGCACUGGAGCUGCAGGUCCCUUGGGACUACGAGCAAGAGCAGCAGCUCAACUCCCAAGCCAUGGAGAAACUGAACCGAUACCAGUUAUACAGGGAGCUGCACCUCCGCUAGUAUCAGUUAGUGGACAGGUUCCCCACCCCAUGGGAAGAACUACCCUUGGUACAGAUCCUCACUCUGGAGAAUUGGAGCGACACGCGGACGCGCUCCUCCAGCGAAACACUAUCUCCACGGGCAACCCGGAAAUGAGAAUAGCAACAUACCUCGAUGACUGGCUAGUGCCAGCCUCCAGAUCCGAGGGCUCGCACUCCAAACCAAUCCUGACACGGCCUCUUGGUAUGAACACAACGACGGACGACCACGAGCUCUCCUCAUCCAUCCCGAUGAAUUCUCCCAGUAUGUCAACAGAGAGCUCCUUCCAGCUCUCCUCUUCACCGGAGAACUGGGCGCCAUCCAACCAAGUAGAACCGACCCUUUCCACGUUGUCACUUGGAACGUACCACGUCUCGGAGAACGUCCCAUGCCUGUAUCAAAUCCAAGAAGGUUUCCGCACACGGUCGUGGAACGCCCUCCACCGAGACAACGAGAGAUUCCUACAGCACAUAGCAAUCCCGCGACCUCCUCCUCUCACCAGAUACGAAAUUUUCCCCUAUCCCAUGGGGGUACCGAUGAGGAGGAACUGCCCGUCUAUCGAAGAAAUGAAGGAAGAAGGAGUCGGGGAACCUAGGCAACCCUCCACUGUGGAACAACUACUGGCGGGAGUGUUCGACACCGGCCUGGAACGCCUCCUACUAGUACUCGAUUUCGUACAGACGAGGGACAGAAUAACCGAAAUGAUCCCGGAAAUUAUGACGAUGCCGAUCCUUAUUAUCGACCUGAUGAAGGAGGUGACGGUGAUACGCUAG